ACCCCUGUAAUCAUCUCAUUAGCGAGUGAUUAGCAAGAUCGCACGAGUACGAUUUGUUAACUUCAGGUAUACAGACAGAAUUUGACAACACGAAGUCGUAAUACUAAUUGAUAAAAUGUAUGGAAAAAUACGAGAAACAAACCAGGCAAUGGUUAUAAUUUUUCAUUUAAAGCCAAAGGAACAGCUUAAUAAGAGGACGAAACGCACAAAAUCAAAUUCUUACACUAAAUACUAACUUGUGAAUGCGUUACAUUUCUGCCAACGUGUUCGAGCUUUCGCCUAGAAAUAUGAUGUCACCAAAAAACUGUCACGCAAGGGAUGGAGGUUACAGGACGGCGAACUCUUUGUUUUGGUGUAGAUUGACAAGAGUGUGUUCGAAGCCCAAACAAUUGUUGCAAAGCUGUCCAUAUUUUCUCCAGAACGAUGUCUAUGAAAGCUCUGAUUGUUGAAGAGUUCGGCGACUCGUCGAAACUAAAGUAUAGUGAGGUUCCCAAGCCAGAACCCGCAGAAGGAGAGGUUUUGGUAAAAAAUGAGAUUUGUGGCUUGAAUUACCUUGAUGUCUUGGUAAGGAAUGGGGCUUUGCCUCUCAAAGCUGUAGGAUCAGGGUUUCCUUUGACAAUGGGGGUGGAGGCUGCUGGAACAGUGGAAAAAAUUGGUGUUAAUGUCACUAGUGUGACUAAAGGAGAGAGAGUAGCAUAUGCAGUCGUUGGAUCUGGAGCACAUGCUGAGUAUGCAAAAGUGUCAGCAUCAAGACUGGUAAAAGUUCCAGAGGAGAUUAGUUUUGAGCAAGCUGCUACAUCAAUGAUUCAGGGGAUGACUGCACACUACCUUGUGCAUACAACUGGCAGAGUGAAGCCUGGUGACAAGGUGUUGAUACAUGCUAUCUCUGGAGGGACUGGGUCUCUUGUGUGUCAAGUGGCAAAGAAUGCAGGAGCAUUUGUGAUUGGAACAACCAGCACUGAGGCCAAAGCAGCAAAGGCAAGGAAGACUGGUGCUGAUGAGGUCAUCCUUUACUCACAGAAAGAUUUUGCCGAAGAGGUCAACAGGAUCACUGAUGGAGAAGGGGUGAAUGUUAUUUAUGAUGGUAUUGGAAAAAAAACCUUUGAAAAAGACUUCGAGUGUUUAGCUGUCCAAGGAAUCGUGGUGUCUUUUGGAGUAGUUUCCGGGACUCCUCCUCCGUUAGAUCUUAACAUACUCGCCAAAGGUUCCUUCUCCGUCUGCCGACCUUCGUUGUUUCACCACAUCAAAAAGGAAGAGGAUUUGAAGUGGCGUAGCUCUGAAGUGUUGAACUGGAUCAAGAAAGGCGAAGUGAAGUUUGGUGACUUUACUGUAUUACCACUGUCUGAGGGAAAGAAAGCUUACGAGUUGUUGGAAAGUGGAAAAUCUACAGGAAAAGUCUUGAUGAAGCCAUGAGCUGAACUGAAAGAUUUAAGCGGUUAAUCGCAAUAAAACUCAGUUUUAGUUGAUCAUAGGAUAAAAAAAUACAAAAUGCUAACGAAUCUCUUUAUCAAUAUGUGUGUUUUCGUGUUCCUUCGCAAACAAGCUGGAGAUUGUACAAUCAGCAUGGUACAAGUUAAAUGCGCAGGGAUUUCUUUUAGUGUUCUUUGGAGAUUUUAUCUUAGAACAAAAUGGAUGUUUACGUUUUCUAAGUUAUGCAAAAGCCAGACAGUUUGGCUUUUAGACCAGUGUUUGUUUUACUCUUUACUCCAUUUUCUGUAUGUUUAACAUCUUGUAACACUCGCUGUAUCUUGCACCAAGAAAAGAAAAGCUGGCUCCUAAUUACAUAAUAUGAGUUAACCCUUUACACCCCAACAUUGGUCUGCAUAAUCUCCCUACUGUCUCCAUACAUUUCCCAUAGUUUUGGCAAGGAGAAUUUGUGGAAUGAUUAAGAACUUCUUCAGAUGGUAACCAUUUCCUGUAUUCUCUUGACCCUGAUGUUUGAUGUAGGGGUGAUUCUGUGAGAAAAAAUUGUUAGUACCAUAAAAACGCCGAAAAAAACGAGGGAAGUAUCCAGCCAUCUUAACCAAAUAAACUUGGUCAAUAAAUGAUUAUAA